ACUAUAUCAAAAAAGGCGUAGUUCUAUUAGUUCUACAUUAACUGCAUCACUUUUUGUCCAAAACUUUUACGAAUCUACCGUAUAUUCUUCUAUAGACUAUACCUACUAAUUUUCAUAACUCGAUAACCAAUACCUAAUUUAUUUUGAAUUUUGUUUGUUCAUUUUAUUACCAUAAAUCUAAGUUAAUUUUGUUACUCAUAGAUUAACAUAAUGGAUGUAGAUAAUAAUUUUCCAGCAGCUAAGCGAAUCAUUACUGAAAUCCAAAAUAUAAUCAAUAAAGACCCUAAACUGAAAGAAUUUGACUUAAUCAUUCAACCAGAAAAUCAAAAUAAAUCGCCAGUGAUUUAUAGAGACCAUUGUUUAGGUCUUGAAUCAUGGUGUGUUCGUCAUGUAUACAAAUAUGUUUACCAAAGACUGAUUACCAUAAGAAAACAAUUAAAAAGACAAGCAUCAAAUGAAACAAUAACAUUGCUCACAUCAGCUCUUUUAGUAAAUCCAGAAGUUACAACAUUUUGGAAUAUGAGAAGAGAGUUAAUUAUUGAUGGAUGUCUGAAACCAAAUGAUGAGCUAAAAUUUUCUGCUAUUGUUUUGACGUUUAAACCUAAAUGUGCAGAAAUAUUCAAUUAUAGGAGAUGGAUUUUUUCUAGUAUUUCAAAAAGUUUAAGCUCUACCGAUAUUGUGUUAAAUGAAUUAUCUGUUGGACUAACAGCUGCAUCUCGAUAUCCAAGUAAUUACAAUGCAUGGAAUCAUUGUUUUUGGUUUGUCCAAAAAUCACUGGAAAAUGAAAACUUUUCCCUGAUUGCUCAACAGUGGGAAAUGAGUAAGGUUUGGUGCCGUGAACAUGUAUCUGAUCAUAGCUGUAUGCAAUACAGGCAACGGUUACUUAAAUGUUUAGUUGCUGACAAAAGAUGUUUACAACAUCUUGAGUGUUGUGCAUCUAAAUCACUUUUAAAAUUUUUUAAUUCUGAUGAAAGACCUAAACUUAUGAGGCCAUCAGAAGACUAUUUUAGCGAAACUAUUGGAGUUACUUUAGAUGAAUUAUACUUUAAUGAAGAUCUAAUUGUAACUUAUCAAAGUCAUGAAUCUCUAUGGAAUCAUCGAAGAUUUUUAUGUUAUUUGUUAGUAAAUAUUUAUAAUACAGAUUGUAUCAAAGAAGUAUUAAUGAAUAAUGAAAAAAGAAUUUGUACUAAUUUAUUAAAAGGCAAUGAACUAUAUGUUAAGAAACAUGUUUUAUGGUUUCAAACAGCAUUAUGCAUUCCUAUCAAAUUACCAUAAGUAUAACUAUAAUAAUUGUUAAAUAAACUUUUUUUU